CAGAAGCUCCUGGUUGGCUACUGAACAACACACAUCCUUGACUUUGAAAACAUUUGUGACUUCAGCAGACGAGACAGACAUGGAGUUCAAGAGCAGCCGCCGAGAUGACACCAAAAUCACUGACAGUGACCUCUCUGAGCAGAUCAAAGCAGCGACUAAGGACAGUCACGUCAGGGCUGAGAACACGGAGCUGAUGCUCAGCUACCAGAAAGGACAGAUCACACUCCCUCAGUACAAGCUGCUGCUGUGCUCGCUGUACGAGGUGUACCGUGCCCUGGAGGAUGAGCUGGACAGGAGUGCCGCCCACCCCAGCGUGGCUCCCAUCUACUUCCCCCAGGAGCUGGCCCGACUGGAGACCCUGGAGAGAGACCUGGAGCACUUCUUUGGCACUCACUGGCGCAAGAGGAUAACGGUGCCCGCUGCCACACAGAGAUACGCCCAGAGACUCAGAGAGAUUGGAAAACAGAACCCCAGGCUUCUGGUGGCCCAUGCGUACACCCGUUACCUGGGCGACCUGUCAGGUGGCCAGGUGCUGGGCCGCAUUACCCAGAAGUCUCUGGGGCUGAGCAGUGGCGAGGGCCUGUCCUUCUUCUCCUUCCCUGGCGUGCCCAGCCCCAACCGCUUCAAGCAGCUCUACCGCAGCCGCAUGAACAGCAUUGACCUGACGCCAGAGGAACGCCAGGAGCUGCUGGGAGAGGCCGUCCUGGCAUUCGAGGCCAACAUCGAGAUGUUUGAUGACCUUCAGAAAAUCUUGAGUGUUGCUGCAAACACAGAUGCAUCAAAUGAAGAGGAUACUGAGGCCAGUCAGAAGACGCUGCAACACCCCAUCUUUCAGUUCACCGUGGGAGUAUGUGUUGCCUUAGCAACCGUUGGAGUGGGAAUAUACGCAUUUUGAUUUUUUAAAAACAAUCCACAUUAUUUUCCAUGUCCUUGGUGUGUUAUACAGCACUAACCUGAUUCAUGUGUAUCCAACUGAAAUUGUAAAUGUAACUGUAAAUAAACUUGUAAAUGUGAAAUAUUUUAAAUACUCAAUCAAUAAAGUCUUAUAUCAAGUCUUUCAAUCAGUCACUGCUGUUCUUAAAUAAGCAAACAAAAAUCUUUAAGUAUGAAUAAUGUAUUUUAUUUAUUUCACUUUUUACCACAACAUACAAAAGCCACAUCUGUUAUUACAGCUUGUCUGUGUUGCUUCCUCCAUUAUACAUCAACUGACUGGUUGCCAUGACAUCACAAAACAUUCACCUGGAAGCAAGACAGGGUGGCAGUUCGCAACCAUAACCUGCACAUUAUAGCCAAACAGCUCCAUUUCGUGAGAGUCAACACAUCUUUCAGAAUUUUGAUCCGUAUUCAGUUAACAAGGAGUGGAACACAAUCAAGUACUUAUUUCUUUCUAUUUACAAGUUGAUAUGAGGCAACACAUGACUCCACGUACUUCCUCAAAUCAUGGAUUAACAAAAACCCAGAAGAGUUGUCAUCCGUCUGCCUCAGUAUGGCGGAUGUUG